GUAGAGCGAGCAACAACCAGAGAUUGAGGAAAACGAAACAUAAACAUUAUCCAGACAGAAACGAUGUUUCUUCGAAUUUAGAUCGGUUCAGCAUUAUUUGUAACUUCGAGAGGAAAAGGGCAUUUUCGACAGGUGGCCAGAUGGACAUAUUUGUGUAAAUGCCUUGAGGAUGGACUGUGAGGCCAUUGUCAAGCAUUUGGAGAGCUCAGAAGACCUCCAGAAGCCCACUGAUGAAGAGUCAUGUGAGGAGGAAAUGGACACUUCAGAGGCAAAGUGGCGCUGGUUCUACCUUGCCGAGUGUGGCGUCUGGCAUAUGUUUGAAGAAGUUCCCAGCACAGGUUGCUCUGUCACCAAUGAACAAAUUGAACAAAACUACAUCAAGAAUCAGCAUGCUACAGUGGACUUCUAUACUGCUAAAUAUACCUAUAAAUUAGACUUUUCUGCUAUGAAACAAGUCAAUGUGACUACUGGAAAAGAAAGGCCAAUCAAAAGGGCAUUGCAUUCAGCUACUGACUUUAGAUUUAUCUGUGAUAACCCAGCCCUUCCUGUUCCCAGUCACUGGGAAAAAAUUAAUACAGAGGAACCCUAUCAGCUCAUUGCUUUAUGCAGAGAUACGUUUGAGUACAAAGAAGUAGCUCGGUUAUAUGAGAGAACCAUGAGCCAGCCCAUCAGAUCCAUUCAAAGAGUACAGAACCUGGACCUGUGGGAAUUUUUCUGCAGGAAAAAGGCCCAGUUGAGAAAGAUAAAACAUGUUGUAGAUGUUGAAGAAAAGAUGCUUUUUCAUGGAACUGGUCACAGUAACAUACAGGCCAUAUGCACAUACAACUUCGAUUGGCGUCUCACAGGAAGCCACGGUGACGUCUAUGGCAAAGGAAGCUAUUUUGCACGCGACGCAAGGUAUUCCAGCAAGUUCUGUCAUUCGACUAGCAAGCACAACUUUAUCCUACAGAAACACGGUCUAGCGCCCCCUGUUUUCCAGAGUGACCCACCGUACAAGUGUAUGUUCCUGGCACGGGUUAUAGUUGGGGAAUAUACAUUGGGUCACCCCCAGUACUGCAGACCACCUUCUAAAGACAUGAGCAUUGCCAACUUUUUCGACAGCUGUGUGGAUGACAUGAUGAGCCCGAAAAUCUUUGUUAUAUUCGACAGCAACCAGAUCUAUCCGGAAUACCUGAUUGAGUUUUACUGACAUCAGAGACCAAAAGAAAAUCUCAUUCUGAUGGAUGUAUUGCUCCGUGUGGAGUUGUACAGCAGAGUACUGUAACCCUGCUAAUGUCUGGUUACUGCAAAAGUGCCUUUGGUUAAAAAACAAAACAAAACAAAACAAUGAACGGACAAUUUACUGUGUCUAGGGGGCAGAGUUAAAACAUAUUUAUAGUUUACAUAAUCAAUUUUAUGUUGUUGUUGUUUUUUUCUUUUUCUUUUUUUCUAACAUUUAUUCAAAUGUUUUAUCCAACUGAUUAAGACAUUGAUUUAUGAUAUGAAAAGUCCAUAUGAAAUUUCAUUCAUAUGAAAAUUAAUGAAUGAAGAACCCCUAUUUUAUAUAUAUAUAUACUUUCUUUCAUUUGUAAUUUCAUUGCUUGAAAUAUUGCAUCAUCUUUACAUUUUUUAUUUAAUUCUUUUAAAUGCCCAGAAAUCCUGCCUUGUGGAAAAAAAAAAGUAUUUCCAUGAAUACUAGAUACCGUGAGUUAUGUAUAUCAAAUUUAGACAUGUAACAUCUUUUAUUAUUAGUAGUAUUAUUUUUCAUAGCCUACCUCUUCAUAAUUCUACCUCAUAAUAUAUUUUGAAAAGGAAAACAAAAAAAACAAAAAGACAACUCUGAUUGCCAGAAGUUUUUAAAUGUUCGUAAUGGAAUAUGUUUGAAAUGGAAAUUGGAUUAUGUCUUUAAACUGUGAUUAAAUGAACGUAGCAGAUCUUUUAUUCCAUGUUGUGACGUGUAUCUGAGUAAAGCGGAUUAUUGGAAAAGAAAAAAAUAAAACUGGGUGGGUCUAGGUUCUAUACAUUGGUUGCUGAUUGGAUGGAGG